UCCCAGUAUGGGCAUUUGCUUUUUAUGAGAGGUCAUCCGUCACCGGAGUGGUUACUCGCCAUUGGAGAGAGCUACCAACUGGAUCCCGAGUUCUUUCAGCGCCAUAUUGACUCUUCCAUUAGCCGCCAGGACAAUUUCUCGUCGCCACCGCUUCCCUCCGCAUCGACCUUGAUGAUCAAAUUACGUAUCACUACCCUUGGAGUAUCGCCGCAAACCUCGAAAAGCCUUGACGAGCAGUGGAACCUGGAGAACCUCCGACUACAGAACGCAAAGCCGAUGAACGACUAUCAUCACAAGACAAAAAAGCUCUCCGAUUCGAAACUCGGGGAUUCAAUCCUACGAGAGUGCUCUGUACACGACUUUCAGCACUUCUCCAUAGAGCAAGACAUAUCGAUACACGUUAUCAAGACUUGGAAAGGCUGGGUUGGAAUCGUAUGGCUCGAUCACGGUAAUGAUUUGAGCCAGAUCGUCGUUCCGUCGUUGAUUGCGCCUUUGCAAUCACAUGCUUUGAAUCCCAACCACAUUCCUACCAACUAUCUGCCAGUCACUCAGUACAGACCGGGCGUCGCACUCAAACCCCGCUCUCGACUUCUGGCACCAACGAACGCCAUCCAACGGACUCAAGUCCAGAUACCUCAAAGCGCAUCCCUGUUACAUCUCGAUUACAGUCGUGGUCUUGAUCGCAGGGUCGCUGCGUUGGACUCCUUUUACGCCCUACACGAACUUUUUAGCUUUGCUUCCUUUUCCGAGAUACAGUUCCUCAACAUGCUGGAGUCCAAGCUCAAGAAGGAGUUAGAUCAGUCGGUCUUAGUGCGACAGAAAAAUCCCACAAUAUCAAACAUUCUCUACAAUCGGCAGGUGUUGGAAAGGCAUACUCAACGCAUUCGCGACAACAUCGCGUCGAUACGCUGCCAAUCUCGGUCGUGCUGGCCUCAGGGACAACUCGAUGAGACCAAACAACAAAUCGCCGACUCGGCCGCACAAACCCUGCUUCGCGACUACGAGUACCUUCUCGCACGAUGUCUAACUAUCUCUGAGCUCUGUGAUCGGGGCACCCAGAUUGUCAUGAACAAUGCGAUGAUCAAAGAGUCACGAGAAGCCAUAUCGCAGGCUGAGGGCAUCGCGAAGCUCACUCGACUGGCGUUCUUUUUUAUUCCUCUGUCAUUUACAACAUCGUUCUUUGGUAUGAACUUUUUGCAGUUUGAUACGGGCAAAGUGAGCAUAUGGGUAUGGUUUGUAGUGUCUGUACCUAUCCUUUCUUUGACACUCUUGUUGUUGCGAUAUGAUAUAGUUUCUCUCUUGAGGGCUAAGCGUCGGGCAUCCGACCCCGCGUCCAGUAUGGUUUGACUUUUGUUCAUAUGUGUCACUUGCCACUCUUCCUUGGCGACUUUUGGGCCACGCACACAGCACUUGAAGCUGAGCUGGGGAGUUACAGGACUCUUGUGGGAAUAAUCCUUGAUCGGAAUACCUGUUUCUAAGAUUCGGAGCGAAAAUAAAAAAGGUAUCAUUGGCAGCUGUCAUGCGCAAAGGGCUUGAGGUUUUAGUAGAUGUUAAUGGAAUACCC